AUGUCUGGACGCCAAGGUGGUAAGCUGAAGCCUUUGAAGCAAAAGAAGAAGUCCCAACAAGAUUUGGACCCAGAAGAAGCAGCUUUUAAGGAGAAGCAGAAGGCAGAUGCGGCUGCUAAGAAGGCCUUGCUUGCCAAUAUGAAAAACGGAAAGAAUUUGGUUAGUGGGGGAAUCAAGAAGUCAGGCAAGAAGUAA